CAUAAGCGUAAAUCGAAGAUGUAAUUUUUAGGAAUGAUUUGGAUGAAUGUAUCAAUUCUACGGGUGAUUUUUUUAAUUACAAGUCCAUUUAUUAUCCUAAAUUCAUUAUAAAAUGACUUCCAUAUAGUUAACAUUGUAUAUAAUGGAAAAUCUAUCCAUUAAUGAAGCGCAACAAUUGUUUGAGAAAAAAUUCGAAUUUAAACCCAUAAAUGAAUUAAUUUUGCCAGAUUUGGAAGUGUUUUUCACGGCAGAACAGUGGAAAGUGGAAAGAUUUAUACAGUUGAAGAAAGAACUCAAUGAAACAAAAAACUUGUUGAACGACAAAGAAAUCAAACAAUGGAGACGACACACCACUUACACCAAUCGUGCCGGAUUCGUGCUGAAUACCGUCAGGUGCGAAAUCGGUCCGGAACUCCUGACUCAGGCCUGGUUGAAGUUUUACGAGAUUCUCUCUUCCUAUCCUCUCGUUCCCUGUGGCGUUCGGGACUUCUCUAGUUUUCAUCUGUGCGAGGCACCCGGAGCUUUCGUCACCGCACUCAAUCAUUACGUUUCUUGCCUGAAGUGGAAAGUUAAUUGGAAAUGGAAAGCCAACACGCUCAAUCCUUACUAUGAAGGAAAUUGCCUCGGGUUUGCAAUCAUGGACGAUCGUUUCCUCAUUAAGACUUUAAAGAAUUGGCAUUUCGGAAACGAUAACACGGGAAAUAUUUUAAAUCCCGUUUAUUUAUACGAUUUGAUGGCGUUUUUAGAAAUCGAUCUUAAAAAGUCCGAAAAUUUACUAGACCUGAUAACUGCCGAUGGCAGUAUCGACUGCCAGGAGAAUCCUGCCGAGCAAGAAAACCUCAUCGUUGCACUGAACUUUGCAGAAGUGGUAAUUGCAUUACAUCUUUUAAAGGACGGAGGAAAUUUUGUAUUGAAGAUGUUUACUAUUUACGAAUGUGAUGCAAUUUGCAUUAUGUAUCUUCUAAACUGCAUUUUUCAGAAAGUUAAUUUGUUUAAGCCUGCGACCAGUAAGUCGGGUAAUUCGGAAGUUUAUGUUGUAUGUUUGAAUUAUAAAGGAAGGAAUGAUAUUUUAUCAAUAUUAGAAGUAUUGAGGAAGAAAAUAGGAUGUAAUUCGUUUCAGAAGGCAUUAUUUCCUCUUGAAAUUAUUCCUGAUGAUUUUCUAGAACAAUUGUAUAAUUGUUGUAGUCAGUUCAAGGAUUAUCAGGAAAUGACCAUAAAGGAAAAUCUCAGAUUUUAUAAAGGAAUGAGUAGCAAAGAAUGUCUUCAUUUAAAUUCUGUAAAAGAAAUAUGUGCGGACAUGUAUGUAUCAAAAUACAAACUUAAACGAAUUAAGAAAUCUGAAAAAAUCAUAAAUACCAAAGAAUUUAAAAAUCACCAACAUCAAAUUAGUAAUACUAAAUUGUUUCCCGAUGAUAUAAUUCAGCAAACACAGAGAAGUGGCAGCUUUAAUUCUAGACACAACCAACAGAACGAAGAACAGAAGUGCAGACUAAAACGAAUCAAAAAGCAAUUGUCGGAAUGGUUUUCGUUUUCAGAUAAUGAAUUCAAAACUGUCAAAUUCGAACAAUACUCAAUAGAACCAAAUGCAAUGUGGAUUAAGGGAGGAUUUCCCUACAAAUGUAUAACAAAUUCUAGAUUUUGUUAUCCUAAUCUGCUUUCUUUGUGGAUGGAAUUUGGUGCAAGUUCGCAGUUACAGAAAUGGAACUUUUGUAGAAACAGUUAUAAUUGGCAUAAUGUACAAAAUGAUGUCAAAUGGGUAAAUAUGCUAUCAAAAAUUUGUGUUGUUUUUAAUAUUUGUAAGAUACAUACAUCAUUGUUAGAAGAAUUUAAAAAUAUAUUACCACUUUCCAUAAACGUUAGAAAUUUUAAUGAAAAUGUUGAAAGUAUAAAAGAUCCAAAAUUAAUUCAUUUUGAUCCAUUUUGUUGUAUACAUUCCCAUAUUUUCAGGAAAGAAAUUGAUUCCAAAAAACAUUUAAUUGAAUACUGCAUAAAAAUAAUUAAUGUUUUAAAUGCUAAUGAUUGUUUCGCUUUAUAUUUACAAGGAUGUCUCACGAGAUUUACCGUCGGCGUUAUAUAUCUAUUGAGCCAUUUAUUUUCAGAAAUGUUUGUUUUGUCUCCAAGUAUCGAUGCCGAUUCUUCAACAAGUCAACUGUGGCUGUUUUCGGCACAUUAUAUGGAAAAUAAAAAUCAAAUUUUAAAACAUUUUGAAAACAUUAAUUCUUUGAUGGAGUCCAGCAGUAGGAAUACUGUUAUAGAAGUUAUUCCUAUUGAAUAUUUGUGUGAGGAUCCAUUUUUCACGUUCGUUAUGAGAGCCAACCAAAGUUUUCUCACACGGCAAUUGCAUAAAAUAUUAUCCGAGAUUGAGAAAUAAACUAUUUUAAUUAGUAAGAUUGUUGUAAACGACAUUUUAUCGUUAGUAUUGAUAUAACCAAUUGAUGUUUGGGUGCAUAACCAUCACAAAUUCUCAUUAUGUAUAUUUUUGUAUGAAGUGAUUGAUUAAAAAGGCAAAAAAAAUUACUGUUUUUAGAUAUUUAAUUUUCAAAUCUAGUCAACUGUCUUAAAGAUAUAAUAAAAAUGGAAAAAAUAUAAUCAUUAGUUGUUGAACUUUAAUCAAAGAAGAAAUAAUCCAAUACUAAUGCAAUGAAUGCAAACUACAGAUAUUUGAAAAUGAUGCCAACAUUUAAUGCAAAUAAUUCCUUAAUGAUCAGCAAUAUGUAUUUUAACAAUUCAUUUCCAUAAAGUAUUGUCUCUGGAGAGACAGAAGCAACGGUUUGGACUUAAACCUCUAAAAAAUGAACAAUUGAAAUAUCUGAUGCCAUCAAAGAAUUAUUUGGAUUAACAAUCAAGGAUUAUUUUUUAAAAUUCCUGCCAAUAUCUUUAAAACGUCUGUCACUUCAAUAACUUAGAAAAACUUUUCUAAUUUAUUUUACAUGUAUUGUACAUAGUUUCAUGUUAAAGAUGUAAUUGUCUCAUUCGGUGUUUCUAUGUAUUUUAAUUGAAUGUCGUUUUCAUCAUGUAUUAAUUAGGUACAAAAUUGUAAUAAUUUUUAUCCGAUGAUUUUCAAGUGGAAAAUUGGUUUUCCUACUCUUUGUAAAGAAUCAAAUGUAAUAAACAUAUUGAUUAAAUUUAGUUUUAUAUUGGUUAAAUCUUUGUGUUCCUUUGUUUACAUUUUCGAAAUCUCUCGUUUUAAUCUUGUAAAUGUUGAACUUACUUUA